AUGCCGACUGUGCAAUGGAUUCAGCUGGAAGAGACUUCCAAAAUAACUGGCGGUUCGAUAUCUGUGAUUACAAAUGGGCUCUUGAUGUAUUUGAUAUUGACAAAGUCUCCAUCUAAACUUGGAUCAUACAAAUGGCUUAUGCUUUACACGUCUUUUUUUGAAUUUUUCUACGCAUUUGUGAACCUGUUUGCAGGACCGUUUGUGCACACAUAUGGGUCUGCUUUUAUUGUAUUUCAAGACAUGAACACAUUUUACUUCAGUCAUCAUGUUGCACAAUUUCUAGUUUGUCUUUACUGUUCCUGCUUUGGUUUCUCAAUGGCAAUUUUUGGAGGUCAUUUCAUUUACCGUUACGGAGCUAUUGAUAGUCAGUUUUAUCAAAAAUACUUGUCUGGUUUCAAACAAUCACUUUUGUAUAUUCUUCCAUUUUGCUAUGGGAUUCUAUGGGGUGUCAUUUGCUGGAUUUAUUAUGGAGAAACGCCGGAUAGAACCAACUAUUUGAGGGAAACCUUGCUCAGCAACUACCGAUUGAAAAUUGAAGAAUGUGCAUACAUUAGUGCUCGUUUCUGGGUCUCAGAUAAGAAUAACUACUUGUUUCCGGACUUCGAUUCAUUUUUUGGCAUCGGUGUAAUGUGGAUUAUACUUGGAUCAUCCAUGAUCAGCGUAAUUUACUUUGGAACACGAUGCUACCGUUGGCUGACCAAAAAGCUUGAGAUGAUAGAGAAUAUAUCUGAUUCCAUUAAAUCUUUGCAACGUCAAUUAUUCAAUGCUCUACUGAUCCAGUCAGCAAUUCCACUUUUCUUGAUGUACAUGCCUGCUGCUAUGGUUUUUGUUUUCCCGAUGCUUAACACAGAACUUAAUUUGAAAUAUCCUUUCAUUGGAAUUACAAUUGCAAUUUAUCCCGCAAUUGAUCCAUUUCCCACUAUUAUUAUUAUCAAAAGUUAUCGACGAGGAUUUUAUGAACUUCUUCGAUGUUUGACAGGUCGACAAAAAAACAAAGUUGCAGUUAAUCCUAAUGUUCCUUCACACGCUUAUACUCUUCCUAUGAGCGCAAGCAAUAGUAUUUACGUGACAAAUUAAUGUUUAAAUGAAGACAAUUACCAGGAAAUAUGUAAUCGUAUGGCG